AUGGCGUUGAAGAGCCCCAAGAGCGGAAAUAGUACCGAGUGCCACUACUGGGGCUACUCCUUUCAUUGGACCGACCUCCACUCCUCUGCCGAUGACCUCAAGUCGUUGAUAUAUACCUGUGAUUCCCUGGCCGACGAAUGUGUGGAGCGCUUGAACAAGAUUCCAUCCGAUGACGGCGCCGAUAAACGGCCUUUCAAGAAGGAUCUUUAUGGUUUAUUGAGGGACCAUGCGGAGGAGGAUCCAAAGCUCAACGAGCUCUGGACUGAGAUCAACACAGUUCCAGAGUGGGUUGACUGGAAUCAAAUCCAACGGGGCCAGGAUGUUUUCUUCCGAUAUGGCCUUCCGAUCCUCAACGUCCUCAGCUUUGAAAGUUUACUUGGUGGGAUGGGAGCAAUCCGAGUCGUCGAAACCCUUUCACGAACAGGCGGUUUCGGAGCCAAGGUAGUCCGCCGACGAUUACUGGAGACACUUCAGCAUAUACUUCAGGUCAACAGUUCAGCGGAAGCCAUGAAACCAGGCGGAGAUGGCCACAUCUCAUCUGUUCGCGUCCGACUGCUUCAUUCAUCUGUCCGCAAGAGGAUCCUGAGUCUGGUAGACCAGAACCCUGAAUACUACGAUGUCAACAAGUACGGAACACCGGUAAAUGACCUGGACUGCAUUGGCACAAUCAACACAUUUUGCAGCUCGGUGGUAUGGCUCGGUCUACCGCGACAAGGCAUCUACCCCAGCCAACAAGAGACCGAUGACUACAUCGCACUGUGGAGGUUAGUUGCAUACUAUAUGGGCACACCGACGGAUCCCUUCGAGAACACGGCUAAGGCCCGUGCUAUGAUGGAGUCGCUUCUUAUUUCUGAGAUCGAUCCCACUGAGACCGGAAAGGUCCUGGCGAAGAAUAUCAUUAUUGGUUUGGAGAAUACAGCGCCGGCCUUCGCAUCCAAGGAAUUCAUGGAGGCGAUGAGUCGACUACUGAAUGGAGAUCAACUAGCCGAUGAGCUUGAUAUCCCUCGGUCGAAUCUAUACUAUCGGAUGUUGAUCUGGGGAUAUUGUUUCUGGGUUAUGGCUAUUUCAUAUAUCGUACCAAGGAUACAUUUCUUCGACAGGAUUAUGAUUUCGCUCCGUCGAAAGUACUUCUACAGGCUAAUCCUCGAUGAGAAGAUGGGUCUUGGGGAGGAGUCGCGCUUCGAGUUCAAAUAUGUGCCUACUCUCACUCGCACCACUCGCCUAGGCCAGCGAAGAAGUACCAAAUUUGAAAGACCUGGUAUUGAAUCUCUGGCGCGUCUGGGUCUCCUCGCGGCUGUUACUGCGGUAGCCACUUUGGGUAUGGGAUUUGUCUUUGCGGCGAGGAUGAUCCCUUCGCAGCUCUUCAUGGUUUGA